UGAUUGAAUAUUUUAAAACAUGCGGUUGUAAAAUAUUACAUUUUCUUCGUAAAUUAUUUGUGUCAUAUAUAAAAAAGUAAGUGUGUAUUGUAUUUCAUUUUCGGAAAAAUUACGAAAUAAUGCAACAACGUUAUCAAUAGGGAAUGACAACUCUGAUUUUGGGAGUUGGGUUUGGCACAUUUAUUAUACUCACUCUCUGGUUAACAGCAGGCUUGAUUUGUCUGAUAUCCUUGCGGACUCAAAAAAAAUUUGGUCUGACAGCACUAAGUGUUACGGGACUAAUUACGAUUGCACUACUCAGUAUUCCAAGAGCUUCAGAAAACUCUGACGUCAGUAACGAGGCGAUAGCAAAGUCAUAUGAUCAGUUAUUCAUUUGGCGCACGUUACUCCUAGUUUUAUUGGCUGGUUCAUCUUUGGUGGCAUUCUUCGCUUACGUCAAAUUUGAAGUCAUCACACCAGUAAAAGCUGUACGAAUAAAGAGCUGGGUUAUUUAAGAAAGUACAGUUUUCCCGGAUAAGAAAGCUACGAAUUAAAUAUUUUUAACUUGCAAUGGUUCUUGAUUGAGUUCUUCAGAAACCAUAUCCUUACACAUAAAAUUCUUACGUGCUUCUUCAUUGUUGAGAUAAUAUAUAUUACCUAUUCGAAAUAUAACUAAUCUCAAUACUAGUUACAUAAUUAAAUAUAUCUGUAUAAAUAAUUAUAUUGAAAUAUUAUUUCAAACAAUUUUUCACAUAAGUUAUAUAAAUGCAGAUAAUUUAAAGUAAUAUAUACGUACAGUUAUACUAUUGUAUUUAAUUAGAUAUAAAGCAGAGACAAAAUGUUGCGUUGUUUGAAACACACUAUGCAGCUGUCGAUGCGUGGGAUCUCCUUAUUGAGCCGUAGCAAUAAGAAAUUUGAGAUUAAGGACAACAGAGAGUUUAUAGAAAAGGUAAUGAACAGUACGGUCCCUGUGAUAGUUAAUUUCCACGCAGAGUGGUGCGACCCAUGUAAAAUUUUAACUCCAAAACUAGAACAGCUAGUAGGACCAAUGGAGGAUUUAAAUCUAGCUGUCGUAGACGUAGAGUCAAACCCUGAGCUAGUUCAUACUUUUGAAGUAAAAGCUGUACCUGCAGUAAUUGCCGUAUCAAAUGGCUUAGUUGUGCAUAAAUUUAUUGGCCUCAUGGAGGCAGAUUCUAUAGAAAAUUUAAUUCAAAAACUGAAGACUGGCGCUGAGAUUGCCCCACCUAAUAAGAGUAAUUAAUGACCAAUUCUUUCUUUUAUUACCUUUAUCUAGUACUUCGUAAAUAUAUUAUUUUUAUGGUGCGAUAAACUUGACCUAAUAUGUGAACGUGUCCUUUGCACAGCAUUUUUUUUGCAAGUUUUAAAUUUAUACCAUCUGCGAGAAUUACAUUCCACCGCAAAUUAGGAAUGCUGAAAGAGUUGAGGAAUUGGUUAUUCAUCUUAAAAUCGACUUUUAAAUCUUGAGUCCUGCAGUAAUAACUUGUACUCUGUAUUUGUACUCUGCUUUUCAUAGAUUAGGAUAUGGAUGUACUUAAUACAAACUCUUCUUUCUAAUGAAUUUUCAAUUAGCAUGCAAUUUUCUGAAAUAGAUGGAAUAAUGUGGUUUGUAAAACUAGUUGAAUUAAACUGAUAAUUUGAAUUAGCUUUCCAAAAGCUUCAUAUAUGCUGGCGAUUUUACAUUUGGACUUGACUAUCUAGAAUGUAAUCAUUUGCACAUAAAUCUUAUACAUAUAUAUACAUUAUAUAUGUAUACGUAUGUUCCUAUUUUCAGAACAUAACUUCAAAUAAAUUUUUGUAAAAACUGAAUGAUUAAUAAAUAUAAAUGUGUGUUAAAUAUCAAUUACGUUUUGUUCUGUCCAAAAACUUACUCUAUUUACCUUUCUCGUUCUCUUGGGAAUUAGAUUUUUCGUUCGAGCGUUAUUAAAAUGUACUACGAGUGUGCAUUAGAUGAGAAUAAUUCAAUGCGUCGAUUUCAUAUCAGCGUAAACAAUUUAUUAACAAUUUGGAGAAGGUUCUACUGAAACACAAAGUAUUUGCAUUAUAUUAUACAUCACAUCUCUUUUGAAUAUUUUGUAAACUUUUAAUAAAAAUAUGUCCACAAAAAGAGACAAUCACACAAUUUUAGCUAUUUACAUUAAUUAUCUUCCAAUUAUUAUUUAUCACUUAAACAAAAAGGUAACAAAAUGUAGAAAAACAUGACAGAUUUGAUGCAUAAUUUUGAAAUGGAUUUAAUCGCUUGUUGUACAGAAUAAAACCAAUAGUCUGUUGCCCGCGAUUAGUCUGA